CGACCAGGGUUCUACAAAGCCUCUGCUGGCAACGUGAAGUGUGCUAAAUGCCCACCUCACAGCUCUACCUACGAAGAUGCGUCUCUGAACUGCAGGUGUGAAAAGAAUUACUUUCGUUCUGAGAAAGACCCUCCAUCCAUGGCUUGCACCAGACCACCAUCUGCUCCAAGAAACGUUAUCUCUAACAUCAAUGAGACGUCUGUUAUCCUGGACUGGAGUUGGCCUCUUGACACUGGAGGUCGGAAAGAUGUCACUUUCAACAUCAUUUGCAAAAAAUGUGGAGGAAAUAGCAAGAUGUGUGAGCCAUGUAGCGACAACGUGCGAUUCUUACCCCGUCAGACUGGACUCACCAACACCACGGUGACAGUAGUGGACCUUUUGGCACAUACCAAUUACACUUUUGAGAUUGAUGCAGUCAACGGGGUAUCUGACUUGAGUACGCUUUCCAGACAAUUUGCUGCUGUCAGCAUCACAACUAAUCAGGCUGCUCCAUCCCCCAUCACAGUCAUAAGGAAAGACAGGACAUCCAGGAACAGCGUCUCUCUGUCUUGGCAAGAACCUGAACAUCCCAAUGGGAUCAUCUUGGACUACGAGGUCAAAUACUAUGAAAAGCAGGAACAAGAGACAAGCUACACUAUUCUGAGAGCCAAAGGAACCAAUGUUACCAUCAGCAGCCUCAAACCUGAUACCACCUACGUCUUCCAAAUUCGAGCCCGAACUGCAGCUGGAUAUGGGACAAACAGCCGCAAGUUUGAAUUUGAAACUAGUCCGGAUUCAUUCUCCAUUUCCAGUGAGAACAGCCAGGUUGUAAUGAUUGCCAUUUCAGCAGCGGUAGCCAUUAUUCUCCUCACCGUUGUGGUGUACAUCCUGAUUGGGAGAUUCUGUGGAUACAAGAAGUCUAAACAUGGUACUGAUGAGAAAAGACUACAUUUUGGGAAUGGCCACUUAAAACUCCCAGGCCUGAGAACUUACGUAGAUCCACAUACAUACGAGGAUCCAAAUCAAGCUGUGCAUGAAUUUGCCAAGGAACUAGAUGCUUCUAAUAUAUCCAUUGAUAAAGUAGUUGGAGCAGGAGAAUUUGGAGAAGUGUGCAGUGGGCGCCUAAAGCUGCCUUCUAAAAAGGAAAUUUCAGUGGCUAUCAAAACCCUGAAAGUUGGCUACACAGAAAAACAGAGAAGGGACUUCCUGGGAGAAGCAAGCAUCAUGGGACAGUUUGACCAUCCUAACAUCAUUCGAUUAGAGGGAGUCGUCACUAAAAGUAAACCAGUUAUGAUUGUUACUGAAUAUAUGGAAAAUGGUUCCUUGGACAGCUUCCUACGGAAACAUGAUGCCCAGUUCACAGUCAUCCAGCUAGUAGGCAUGCUUCGAGGGAUCGCAUCGGGCAUGAAAUAUUUGUCAGAUAUGGGUUAUGUCCAUCGAGAUCUAGCUGCUCGUAAUAUCCUCAUCAAUAGUAACCUGGUAUGCAAAGUCUCAGAUUUUGGUCUCUCUCGUGUACUGGAAGAUGACCCAGAAGCUGCUUACACCACAAGGGGGGGCAAGAUUCCUAUCCGAUGGACGUCACCAGAAGCCAUUGCAUAUCGGAAGUUCACAUCAGCCAGUGAUGCGUGGAGCUAUGGGAUUGUUCUUUGGGAGGUGAUGUCUUAUGGAGAGAGACCAUACUGGGAGAUGUCUAACCAGGAUGUGAUUAAGGCUGUUGAUGAAGGGUACCGCUUGCCACCUCCUAUGGACUGCCCAGCUGCCUUGUAUCAGCUGAUGCUGGACUGUUGGCAGAAAGACAGAAACAACAGACCCAAGUUUGAGCAGAUUGUCAGCAUCCUGGAUAAACUGAUCCGUAAUCCCAGCAGUCUGAAAAUAAUCACCAAUGCGGCGGCAAGGCCAUCAAAUCUUCUCCUGGACCAAAGUAACAUUGACAUUUCAGCCUUCCGCACGACAGGUGAUUGGCUCAAUGGUUUUCGGACAGGACAGUGCAAAGACAUUUUCACAGGUGUGGAGUACAGUUCCUGUGAUACAAUAGCCAAGAUUUCUACAGAUGACAUGAAGAAAGUCGGCGUUACAGUUGUGGGAACUCAAAAGAAGAUCGUUAGCAGUAUGAAAGCUCUAGAAACUCAUACAAAGAGCAGCCCUGUUCCUGUGUAAGGUACCAAAAUGAUGUUGCUCAGGAGAGGAAAAAAAGAGAAAAGUUGCGUCACAGAGCAAAAGUGAUGGCUGAUAAACAGCAGAAUUUACAGGAGUUCUUUGCAACAGCUUUGGAAACAUAAUGGUUGAAAUUUCAAACCCACUAAGACACUCAAGUAUUGAGUAUAAAUGCCUUAAAAAUAGGAGCGAACUUGUUUUCUAUCUGUUAAUCCUAAAGGGUGGGUGCUCUUGACUGACUGUUAAUGCAGAUAAUAAAUUUCAAAAGAAAAAAAAAUGUAAAAAAUCCUUCCAAGUAAAAAGCAGUGAUACUAAAACCUAGAGCCAUUUGAAUAUUAAGUGACUGAAUAACACGAAAAACCCAUGGACGUAAAAGCUGUGUAUUUGAUCUAUACAGCAAACAAGAAGAAAAAAAAAAGACUUGCAGUAUUUUUAUACAGAAGAGAUCUGUAACAGGUAUUUUAUUUCUUUAAAAGCAAGGAAAAUAGAGGACUAUACCUCACAACCUGUCUGGCCAUAUUUACUAUAAUGUCAUUGUAACAUGCUAUUUCAACUUCAGAAAGGAACACAGAAAUAAAGUUUGUAGUGACUUUGAGCUAGUUGACAAAAGAUUUUUACCAUUAUGUUAGCUUCCCUAAUUGUGUUCAUUUAAAUAGAAACAAGUCUUAAUUUUUAAAAGACUUAUUUAUUUCCUUUGGGUUUUUUUUCCAUUAUUGUUUAUAUUUAUGCUUUAAUACCUUAACCUGGCUGUAUUAUUGCCAAGUGCCAAACGUUAUCAAAGCUUCAUUGAGAAUUCACUGAGAAAUUGUCUGAGGGUUAAUUACUAGAUUAUCUUAUACUCAUAAUAUCAUAUAUGAAAUACAGAAGGAAAGAAAGAUGGUCUUUUUUCCAGCUCUGACACUAGACAAAGCACCUGGACUUGUUGAGAUUCCUUCCAUUUGCUGUGAGUG